AGAGUGGGAUUUGAACCCACGCCCCAUUGCUGAGAUGAGAAACCCGCUGAUGCAGGCAAGCCUAACGCUUGAGUCACACUCCUUAGACCACUCGGACAUCUUGCCUUGUGGUCACACCGUCCCAGCUAAGAUCCAAUGCGUUUUUUCUGGCGACAGUCACUUCGAUUGGAUGAGAUAUUUCCGAGUCGUUCAGUCUGAGAAACCUUACGAAAAAACACGCAAGCAGGGAUGAUCUACCAGGUUUCCUCCCUCAUUGAAAUCAUUGAUGGCUUCAUUCGGGUGACAUCGGAAAUCAUCGUCCGAAUGCCAGUGGCCCAUGUGUUCUGCUUCUUAGCUUCUGACCACGUCCCCCGUCCUACAUUAUUCUCUCGCGAAUCGAGGUCAAAGCGUUCCAUUGAACCUGCUCGAAACACUCCUGUAUCCUCCUUUUGAAUGCAAUACACAGCCCUUGUCAGAUACUCACACUGCCUCGCCUCCCAUGACUAAUGCUCAUCCCGUCCUUGGUCCAUCAUGCCUAUAUAGUGCUGCGGGCGACCGAGAGGCCCAACUUCCUCGUGUUUGACUGAGAAUGAGCGCGCCAUCACCAUCUGCUGCCACCGGCAGUUCUCCGCUCAAUUCGAGCACGACGUUGCUAUAUGGUCUGUCCAUCUGCUCAUGGGGCAACUGCACUUCUCAUCGGUGAUCGCUGCCAGUGUACAUUUUCGCGGGCAUAGUGGGCAUAGUGCUGGCUAUCACCGCAAUCACCUUCUUCCGAGCGCGAGAUGCGCGGCGGAGGGCGAUAGCAGACGGCACCUGGGACUUUUCGAUGGGGCGCGUCGUGCGAGACCAAAUCCCCAGCACACCGCGAAUAUUUGAUCAUCACGUUCUUGCUACGAUGCACGAGGGUGAUAUGGGCUGGGACGGGGUUCAGCCAAUGACGGCAAAGUAUACAUCUCAAUCAUCCACGACGGCAGCACCCCAUGCGAGUUUCAAAUCGCCGCCCGGUGGGAUUCUUCUCAGGAUGCCAUUGGCUCGGCUCUCGCGACUCCUUCGCCCACACGUCCCGUUUGCGGCACUGCCGAUGGAGUCCUUGCCCACUGCCCGUGCUCCGAGCGGCGGGGAGAUGCGCAUCGCCCAUCUGAUAGCCAUGCCAGAGCCGAUGACGAGUACACAGGCCGAAGGGAAGUUUUUGCCGCAUCUAGAGAUGGGUGUCGUGCAUGUCAGGUGCCGUGGGGAAUCAUGGAGCUCCGUAACUCAAACAUGAGUCUGGGGAAACGUGUGAGUUUCAUGCCCAUUUAUAGUAAUUCUGUAGGUCAUUCCCAUGAUGGCGAGCUGUGUUGUGGAGGGCAUCUGCCAGGAACAAGCCUAAAAUAAAUAUGGAUGGUCAUGCGGCCUUGUGAAAUACCAUCGGCUAGAAAGCGUGUGACAUCGCAUACUACAUCCGCCACUUGAGUGCGGGGGGCCAGAUCCUGCCAGAGCCUUCACUCACCAUGAAAACGGUCACAAGACUCAGGGUCACUUUUAAAUACAUAUCCAGCCGCCAUCCCCACUGAUCCCCGAUCCUUUCCCCACCGUCUAUUCCUGCGUUCAUGGCCACUCCCGUGUCAAGUAAUAGCGCUGCAGCAUCCACGAGCAACAGCUCCCCGUGUUCUGGGUCUGGAUGCGAUCAGCCUUUCGGGUCGAGCUCGACGCUCUAUGGUACGUCCGACAGGUCCUGGCGAGUCUUGGUGUAAGCUGACUGACUGUCUUUUAGUGCGCACUGUACUGGUCACGCU